GACUUGUUGGAAUCCAGACGUGAACGAAGAGCUAACGCCCAAGCUGAAUAAAAUAAUUGCUGCUGUAAACGGGAGCGGUUUUGCAGGAAUGGAGCUGAGUGAAAUUUUAUACAACAAGGCCGAAUAUAUUGAGACAGCGUCGGGCAAUAAAGUGAGCAGGCAGUCAGUUCUGUGUGGGAGCCAGAACAUCGUCCUGAAUGGAAAAACCAUAGUGAUGAACGACUGCAUCAUCAGAGGAGAUCUGGCUAACGUCAGAGUCGGCAGGCACUGCGUCAUCAAGAGCAGGAGCGUGAUCCGGCCGCCGUUUAAAAAGUUCAGCAAAGGGGUGGCUUUCUUCCCCUUGCACAUCGGCGAUCACGUGUUCAUCGAGGAGGACUGUAUCGUAAACGCAGCUCAGAUCGGCUCAUACGUUCACAUCGGGAAAAACUGCGUCAUCGGUCGGCGAUGUGUGCUGAAGGACUGCUGUAAGAUCCUGGAUAACACGGUCCUGCCUCCUGAGACAGUCGUUCCUCCAUUUACAGUGUUCUCUGGAUGUCCAGGUUUAUUUACCGGAGAGCUGCCAGAGUGCACACAGGAGCUGAUGAUCGACGUGACCAAGAGCUAUUAUCAGAAAUUCCUUCCACUGAGCCAAAUCUAACCACCAGCGAUCAUCAUCUUCAACUCGGACUCUUUAUCCGUCACCGUCUCCUCCCUUCGCUGAAACACGAAGGGUGUUUGCGACGAUGUCCAUCUCAAUGUUUGUCUUUAGUCUCACUCCAUGAACUCUGCGGUUUAUGUUUAUACAUGUACGUGUUGAAGGAACAGGUUGCAGAAGGAGAUUGAUCGUUUCCCUGAGUAGGGUGUGCUCGGCCUCGCCAGAUCAAAGUCAUAAGGGGCCCGAAGUCGAUUUUUUUUUUUUCUUUAAUGAAAGUUUGUAUUUAUUGUGUAGCAUGAAAUGUUUCUCCGUGCAAACACACUCUCUGCUUGUAACAAAUAUCAAACGACUUGUAUGAUUUUUUGAAACGAAGCCGACUUGUCAAGAGUACGGAAGCCGAGAGCGGCCCUUCAUAUAAUCCUUUUAUUUUAUUCACCUUGUUAUCCCGAGAUAACGACAUAAUUAAUUCAGGAUCUCGAGAAAACAACACAACUAAUUCGAGAUCUCGAGAAAACAAAACAGUUAUUUCAUGAUCUUGAGUAAACAGCUGAGAAAUGGUUCAUUCAGGUGCGCCAAGAGACUUGUGAUAUGCUGACUUUGGGGCUAUUUCUCAUUCCGUAUAGACGCAACUUUGGUCAUUAGAAUGUCUGGAACAAUCGAUCACCUAAUAAGGCAAUAUUUUGAUCAGGGGUUGACACAGGGAGAGAUUGCAUUAAGUCUUUUAAUAAGGGAUAAUUUCAAAAUUAGUCCGCGGCACCUCCGCAGAAGACUGGCCCUCUCUCUCAAGGCAUCGUAAAAAGCCAUUUCUGCUCUGUUAGAUGUCCGCCAAUUUCUAAGUCUUCGUUGUGUGACCCACAGGGGGCGCAGCUCUGCUAGAAAUCUCAGCUGUUUUUUCGAGAUCACGGAAUAAUUGUCUUGUUUUCUCGAGAUCCUGAAUUAAUUAUGUCGUUAUCUCGGGAUAACAAGGCGAAUAAAAAAGAUUAUAUGAAGGGCCUCUCGCGGCUUCCGUACAAGAGACUAUUUCUUCGUGACGUACAUCGUUUAACCAUUGUGUGUGUUAAUUGUUUACCAGUUUGUCAGUAACCCAUGGGUGGAUCAGUGAAAUUUAUUAGCUCAUCCACAAGACAAGUAAAAGCUCCAGUGAUACCCAGUUCCUGUUUUGGUUGCCUGGAAAGCAAUAGAUAACAUUAUUUAAAAAAAUAAAAUAAAAUGCUGCAGUCGUAGUUUGGAAUGGCGCCACCUAACUGAAGGGUGAUGUAUAGCCACCUCCUCAAACAGCCAUAUUGCUUUGACAGACAUCAUUCCCUAAACUUGGAGUUGAGAUCAUCCUGAGUUCUCAAGUAAGAAUUCCAAGUUGAUGAUUUUUUUUUUUUUUUUUUUUCCUGGUUGGAGGUUGGAAAUUACGAGUUACAACUUGUAGUCAAAUACCGCAUACCCUAUUGUGAAGUAGUUGGCUGGUUAAGUGGAUCAAUUCAGACUAAAGGAAAUAAACAAGUGUAUAUCAUCGA